GGAGCUGGAGCUGCGCUUCUCCGUCUCCGAGGUGCCGGCCGUGGUGGUGCUGAAGCCCAACGGGGACGUGAUCACGGGCAACGCCGUGGAGGAGAUCCGGCGCCUGGGACCCGCUUGCUUCCGAAACUGGCAGGAGGCUGCCGAGCUGGUGGAGCGGAAUUUUCGCCUGGCGGAGGAUUUCGACGACUGGGCCAGGAGAAGCCUCACCGACCCCAUCCGCCGCCUCAAGUACAAGCUGGACAAGAAGAAGAAGGAGGAGGAGGGGGGGGAAGAAGAAGGCGAAGAGGCUUUGUAG